AGGCGGGGGCGACAAAGGAGGAAUAUGAGACAACAAACGUUCGAUGAGAUCACCGACGUCAUGGAUAAGCACGGGAAGCUGAUGGCGACGGCGGUGGAUAGCGCGUUCAAGAGGCAGUGUUCAGUUCGGACGAGGCAAUGCGACAUUCUCGAGCGAGAGGUGGAGGUGCAGGAGCACUACGAGAAGCUCGACCAGGCGAACCUGAUGAUGUGCAAUGCCCUUUUGGAGAUCGCGAAAGCGAUCUUUACUUUGGAGAAUGAUGACAACUUCCAAUUAGAGGAAGUUGUGAAGGUGGACGCGCAAGGGACGGGGUGGAGCCAGCGAUGGGGUUUUGGGCAGGACGAAGUGUCGAGGGAUAACCUGGUUGCUAUCAAACAAGCCAUUGUUGGUGGUGUCUUUGGAGCGUCGCUUAGGACACACAAGGCACAAGGGAUUGUCAUCACCGAGGCGCGGCUGCAGAGGCAAGCUGCGGGGGUGGGUGAGGCGACGACCAGUGGCGUUCGCGCACCGAUCAUCCUGGUCGGUGGGGGAGGUAGACUUGACAAGGCAGUGAUCGGGGCAGUCCAGCCACGUCAGGCACACCCCUCGCAACAGGCGCGGGGUUCAAGCACGGCGAUAACAUCACCCCCACAAAAGAAAGUGGACGCAGGAGGGAGAUCACCACACUUCUGCAAGCGGAGUCGCGGAAGCGCCGAACCACCGUCCAUGUUCAUCAUGCCAACGAACGAUGUGCCACUCUUCAAGAUCGACGAUCCGGCGCAGCGUGAACCGACUUUGCGCAGAGCGUGCAUCGUGGAGAAACUGGUAAUGCGCACCAUCCACAGGAGGAUCUUCAAAUCGUCGUCGAGGUCGAAUGGCUUCACUCGUGCGGAGUCGUACAUCACCGUCAACUACGCUACCGACGUCGCACGAGCUGUUUGGCAGGGGCUGGAAUGGUCGAGAGUGGUUUCCCCAUCCCUCAUUUACUACACGCUGCAUUUGAAGAUGGACAUGCCUAUGUGGUUCGUUGGGGUGAAAAUUGUGGACAGACCUGAAGAUGAUGACUUGGCGGCGCAACAGGAGGCAACAGUUCUUCAUGUGGUGGAGACUGGACAGAUGCGCUUUGGUGCGGUCCAUGGACGGACGGCGGCAGAUUGAAACAAGAGAGGUUAACGCGGCUUGCGGAUU